AAGGCAAGAGCCGCAGAGGAAGAAAGUGAAUGAGCGCUCGGGAAGGACAAAGAGGAGUGGCCCGGGGGCUGGGGGGAAGGCAGGGCGGCGAGCGCGGUGACCGCCCCUCCCGGCCGCGCGCUCGCCUCCAGCUCGCUCUGCGGGGAGACGCUUCGCCGUGAUGCUCGGAGGGCAGGCACCUGCUGCUCUGUGAUGAUUCAGCCCCUUUCAGGCGCCGCGCUCACACCGCAGGAUGCUGUUGCUACUGUCGCUGCUGCCGCUGCUGCCGCCGCCGCCGCCGCCGCUGGUCCUGCUCCUGCUUUUACUUCUUCUGCAUGACAGUUGCUUUCUCCAUCUGAGCAGACCCCAGCUUCAGCUGCUCGAGGUGAGAAACAUGCCUUUCAGUUUGGGCUACUGGUUUACUUAACUGACCGCCGCCGCGUCAGCUCCUGGGUUUCUCCGCUGGCCUCCCGUCUUCCUGACCCUGCCAGGAUGGUUUGGAGAAGCAUAUAAAAGAACUGCAAAAGUGGCCCAGAAACAGCAGUCAAGAAUUACAGUAUACUUUUAUUUGGUUGUUGCUAGAGGCUUUUUUUUUUUUUUUUUUUUGGCCUCCCCUGCCUUCCUCCCGAACUCCUCUUGCUUUUGAUAAUGGCCUUGGACUUGGACGACUUAUCGAUUUCUCCCUGUAAGAUGCUGUAUCAUUUGGUUGGGGGGGGCUCUGCAUGGUAAUGGACAGUGCUAGAGGCCAGGCCUCCUGGAGGUGAGCCGAUGGAGAUUUAUUCCCCAGACAUGUCCGAGGGAGCUGCUGAGAGGUCCUCGAGCCCUUCCACUCAGCUGAGUGCAGACCCAUCUCUGGACGGGCUUCCGGCAGCCGAAGACAUGCCGGAGACCCAGACUGAAGAUGGGAGGUCCCCGGGGCUCGUGGGCCUGACUCUUCCCUGUUGCGUCUGCCUGGAAACCGAGCGCCUGAGAGGUUGCCUCAACUCAGAGAAAAUCUGCAUCGUCCCCAUCCUGGCUUGCCUGAUCAGCCUCUGCCUCUGCAUCGCUGGCCUCAAGUGGGUGUUUGUGGACAAGAUUUUUGAGUAUGACUCUCCCACUCACCUUGACCCUGGGGGAUUAGGCCAGGAUCCUAUUAUUUCUCUGGAUCCAACUGCAGCUUCAGCUGCUGUGUGGGUAUCAGCCAAGGCGUACACUUCACCUGUCUCCAGGGCUCAGUCUGAAACUGAGGUUCGAGUUACAGUGCAAGUUGACAAUACCCUUGGGUCCUCCGAGUCCUCGGCGGGCCCCACCCCCAAGAACCGUAUCUUCGCUUUUUCUUUCCGGCCGUCCACUGCCCCAUCCUUCCCUCCACCCACUCGGAGCCCUGACGUGAGACCAUCCAAGACAGCCACUCAGCCACCAUCAACAGAAACUAAUCUCCAAACUGCUCCUAAACUUUCCACAUCUACAUCUACAGCUGGGACAAGCCAUCUUGUCAAGUGUGCAGAGAAGGAGAAAACCUUCUGUGUGAAUGGAGGCGAGUGCUUCAUGGUGAAAGACCUUUCAAAUCCCUCAAGAUACUUGUGCAAGUGCCCAAAUGAGUUUACUGGUGAUCGCUGCCAAAACUACGUAAUGGCCAGCUUCUACAAGCAUCUUGGGAUUGAAUUUAUGGAAGCGGAGGAGCUCUACCAGAAGAGAGUGCUCACCAUCACCGGCAUUUGCAUCGCGCUGCUCGUGGUCGGCAUCAUGUGUGUGGUGGCCUACUGCAAAACCAAGAAACAACGGAAAAAGCUUCAUGACCGGCUUCGGCAGAGCCUUCGGUCUGAAAGGAACAACAUGGUGAACAUAGCCAACGGGCCCCACCACCCCAACCCACCCCCCGAGAACGUGCAGCUGGUGAAUCAAUACGUAUCUAAAAAUGUCAUCUCUAGCGAGCAUAUUGUUGAGAGAGAGGCAGAGACGUCUUUUUCCACCAGUCACUACACUUCGACAGCUCAUCAUUCCACUACUGUCACUCAGACUCCCAGUCACAGCUGGAGCAAUGGACAUACUGAAAGCAUCAUUUCGGAAAGCCACUCUGUCAUCGUGAUGUCAUCUGUAGAAAACAGUAGGCACAGCAGCCCCACCGGGGGUCCGAGAGGACGUCUCAAUGGCUUGGGAGGCCCUCGUGAAUGUAACAGCUUCCUCAGGCAUGCCAGAGAAACCCCUGACUCCUACCGAGACUCUCCUCAUAGUGAAAGGUAUGUCUCAGCAAUGACCACCCCGGCUCGUAUGUCACCUGUAGAUUUCCACACGCCAAGCUCCCCCAAGUCGCCCCCUUCGGAAAUGUCCCCGCCCGUGUCCAGCACGACGGUCUCCAUGCCCUCCAUGGCGGUCAGUCCCUUCGUGGAAGAGGAGAGACCCCUGCUUCUUGUCACACCACCCCGGCUGCGGGAGAAGUAUGACCACCACGCCCAGCAAUUCAACUCAUUCCACUGCAACCCUGCGCAGGAGAGCCACAGCCUGCCCCCUAGCCCCUUGAGGAUAGUGGAGGAUGAGGAAUAUGAAACGACCCAGGAGUACGAACCAGCUCAGGAGCCGGUUAAGAAACUCACCAACAGCAGCCGGCGGGCCAAAAGAACCAAGCCCAAUGGUCACAUUGCCCACAGGUUGGAAAUGGACAACAACACAGGCGCUGACAGCAGUAACUCAGAGAGCGAAACAGAGGAUGAACGAGUAGGAGAAGAUACGCCUUUCCUGGCCAUACAGAACCCCCUGGCAGCCAGUGUCGAGGCAGCCCCUGCCUUCCGCCUGGUUGACAGCAGGACUAACCCAACAGGUCGCUUCUCUCCGCAGGAAGAAUUGCAGGCCAGGCUCUCCGGUGUAAUCGCUAACCAAGACCCUAUCGCUGUCUAAAACCGAAACACACCCAUAGAUUCACCUGUAAAACUUUAUUUUAUAUAAUAAAGUAUUCCACCUUAAAUUAAACAAUUUAUUUUAUUUUAGCAGUUCUGCAAAUAGAAAACAGGAAAAAAAAAAACUUUUAUAAAUUAAAUAUAUGUAUGUACAAAUGUGUUAUGUGCCAUAUGUAGCAAUUUUUUUACAGUAUUUCCAAACAAGAAAGAUAUCAAUGGUGCCUUUAUGUUAUGUUACGUCCAGAGCAAGUUUUGUACCAUUCCGUGACUGCUUUUUCACAGUAUUUCAGCAACCCUCCACCCCAUAUAUUCUGUUUUUCGCUGGCUUCCCGUGCAUUGCAUUAUGAUGUUGACUGGAUGUAUGAUUUACAAGAUUUGCACCUGUCGCUCCAUUUGCUUUGAGUAGUACUCAAUCAGGAUGUCUUGUAAUGGCGCAUCCAUCCAAUACUCCCCCUCUGUAUGAGAUUUUUCUUUUGCUUUCCGUAUGUGAAAUGAGUUGUGUCUACUCUGCCAGCCAAAGGUUUGCUUCAUUGGGCUCUGAGAUAAUAGUAGAUCCAGCAGCAUGCUACUAUUAAUUACAGCAGGAAACUGCGUUAAGUCAUGUUACAUAUUAGGAAGAAAGUAAUAUUGUGAUUUUUUCAAAAACUAUAUUAUUCAUCAGAAGACAGCUCGCUCUGACUUAAAAGGAGCUACCAUUUACUUUAUGCGGAUUGAUUUUUUGCAACAAAAGAAAAAAAAAAACAAGUUUUGGGGAUAGCACAGAAAGUGGAUGCUGGCUUCCAAUCAGGGUAAGGUCCAACCCUAAGCUGAGGACUCAGUUUCACUUUCUCUCUCUGGGGGAAUGAUACAGCGGCUCAUCUAAUUGAAGAGCAAACCAUGGCUGAAAAAGGUGCAAUCAUUCUUGACUUGUGUCUUUUUACUGAUUUGGGAGCGAGUGAUUGGUUGUGUCUUCUCGGCUCAAGGACAGACGUGUUAUGGCACAAAAACCCCCAGUUGCAACAGCACACUCAGCAAUUAGUCUGGAAUACUUCUGGAAUGAAGUGUGCCUGUUGUAUAUGGCGGUGAUGUCAUUAUAGAGAACUAGUUCCGCCGUAGAUUGUCUAGAGGAGUGAACGUGUCAAAGACACAGGGGAAGAGUGGCCAUGUGACCCAGUUGGCGAUUUUUUAAGUUUUUUUGCCCGUUCCUUCGUCCUCAUUAUUCUUUUCUUGUUUUACAAUCUCGCCUUGAUUAGAUCGUACUAUGCAUGAACAUGUUUGUCAGAAAUGGCCAGUGUGCCUGUAAUUUGUGAUUAGGAAGACCCUCCCAUGAGCAAGGAUGCAUCGAGAAACGGCAGUAGUCUCAGAAAGAUUGCACCUUUCCUUGCAGAAAUGACCCCCUCCUGUGUGCUAACCUCUCCGUUUGCAGCUGUAUCAUCCGUUUUCCCCCUUUCUUACUUUUUGCUUUACUGUCAACAAAAACAGGAUUAAGAUGGGUCCACCCUUUGCACGUUCUCUUGUGGUAACCAAUCCAAGGAAGGUCUGUAGGUAGAAAUACUUGAAAUAACUGCUAAUCCAGGAAAAGAAGAGAAUUUGGUAAAAUAUUGUAGUCCCAAGUCUGUUGAGUCGAGCUGGAGGUUUAUUUAGGUUCCAAGUGGCCUCCCAGGAGCCAUGAGACAAAAUGGGGAAACAGGUUAGCAGGGGGUUCAAAAUACCACCAUGAAUUUAAGGAGAGUGACUCUGUUGUUUGCAAGUAAAUGGAGUCUAGUUCUUCACCACAUCGCUAUAUUAAAAUCAAAAGGAAGACAUGCAAAGAGGUCUUAGAAGAAAAGUGCAGGCUGAGCAUGAAUCAUGUCAUUAAGCUCCUAAGUGUUUCUACAAUUCACAGAGACCGUCAAUGGGUCCUUCGCAUUUGGUAUCCCAAGCAUCCUUCAUGUUCCCAUGCCACUUUCUCUGUGCUCAGAAGUGUCCUCACGUGCUUAUUCACCUUUCCUAAGGAGCCCUUGACAACUCCCCGAGUUGCACUGAUUUCCCAGUUAUGUGAAAUCAGUAAGCUCACAGCAGGGGAAAGAAAAGAGUCAACCCCAAGAAGUUCUCCAAAUUAUUCUCAAUUGCCUUUGAAGACCUGGACUCCUUCUUAGACUAUUUCAAUUAAAAAAAAAUUCCUACUGUAAUUAAAACUCUAGAAUUUCAGUUUCAAAUUUUUCAAGCAUGGGAGUCUUGUUCUGGAGAAUGUCAGGAAUAAAUAAAAUCUUUGAUUGAGAGCAAGAAACAACAUGCUCCUCAGUAUGAAAAAUCUCUGUCAAUUUUCAGGUUGCAAAAAUAGAUGACAACUGAGGACAAGAGGAAAUUUUCUUUCCAACUUGGUUCUGGUCACUCAUCAAGGUGACAUUUAUCAGUUAGGACAGGCUUUCUGUCCAUAGAAUGAUAGAUUUCCUUCAUCAGAAAGGCCGGCAGACUACUUGGGGCUCCCUGCUGUGGCCACCAGAUUUGUGUCCACAGGGGCGUCUCUGGGAUGUUCAAAUGCCACCAUCCCUGUUUAUAAACUCAGGAGUGCAGUGGUAUUGCAAAGAAAGCAUGUGAACCAACAGUCCCAGCAUAAGGGAAGCCUCUCUGGGUCUUCAGGUGGUGGAAAUUGCUGAGACGUUUGACAGUGACUUUGUUUCCUGGGUCUGAGAUCAUGUCCCAUUGAGGAAGAUGCAGGGGAGCGUAGAAUAUGAAAAAUGCCUUUUUCUAACUCUGGGUUCCUUUUACAUCCUGCUCUCCCUCCUUGCCUGGUAGGACUUUUAUUUCUGAGAGUGUCUGGACAGUCUCCUGCUUUCUACAAAAUGGCACUCUGCCUGGGUAUUUGUGAAUGUGUCCCAAAGACCAAUAUGCCAUAUCUUCCUUGUUUAAGUGUGACUGUCAUGAUAGAGUUUAUCCAGGGUCAUUUGCUCUGUAACUUUUUUUUUUUUUUGGCCUGGGUUGAAAGGUAUAUGGCUCACAUUGGUAAAAAUACAGAAUACCUAGUUUUUUUUAGUCCUGGCUGCAUCCCACCAGCCACAAAGAUGUCUGUCCACAAAGGCCCAUGAAACACUGCAGAGAAAUGCAGACAAAAGGAAAUGGCCACAUAUCACAAGUUCUAUUAUAUAUUCUUUUGUAAAUACACAUUGUACAUUACUUGGAUGUGUUCCUAAAUCAUUUACUGUCUUUAUGAGUUCAUGUCAGUUUCUUUUUUUUUAACUCUCUUAACUUACUGUGUAACAUUGUAAAUAACAUAAUGUCCUUUAUUAUUUAUAUUUAAACAUCUAACAUAGAGUUGUUUUCAUAUAAGUUUAAGAUAAAUGUCAAAAAUAUAUGUUUUUUGGUUUUUCUUUGCUUUAAAGUUAUGUAUCUUUUCCUUUUGCUUUUUUUUUUAAGAAUAAUUUAUUGUUCAGGAGAAAGAAUGUAUAUGUAACUGAAACUAUUUGAAGAAUGCACAUUUGAAGGCCGUGAGGUACUGAUAAACUAAAGAAUUUAUUAUCCAAAAUACUAAGCAAUAAGUAAUUGUGAUUUAUUUAAAGUUUUGUCCAUUUUCCAUGAAAGACAUACUGCAAUAAAGAUGCUACUCUGCGGAGAUCUGGGAGUGUGGGUCAACAGACAAAGGGUCUAGUCUGUUAGACCAGCACCUUGCCUUUUACUGUGAUGGUUGUGCUAAUUUAGGGCCCUGUUUGAUGGAUCCCAUGUUCAUCUUGUCUGUCCGUUGCUUUUGCCACCCUGCCUGUUCUCAAAUCAUCUCCCGCCUGUCGGUUCUGCAUACCACUGUGUUCCUUGUUGAAGGAAUCACAACCAAGCAAUAUGACAUUUUUACAUAAGAGCAUAGACAAGACAUUGUAGGGCCUGAUUGCCUGGAUCCCGAUUGUUACCAUGUUCUGUAGAGACAGCAUGUAAUUUCUUCCAACUCAUGGAAAUGUCAGCAUGGAAACCCAUUCAGUCAUGAGACGGAAAUAUGUUACCGUGGUCCAAAGGAUCCGGUGGCCACCCCACGGCUCAAAGGCAGCCAGUCAGAACUGGGCUCUGCUAAGCUCUCCUAGAGCUUAAGUAAAUGUACUUUCUCCAUCUGGCCUAUGAUUGAGCAAUUAAUGAUUCUAAGAGAAAAUAAGGCUAAAUUGGGUUCUUUCCUCCUCAUUCUAUCAGUAAAUCAAACUCAGUGUCCAUCUUACUGCUCAGGGAAGGACCUACGCAUGAGAAACGUCCUGCAUUCUAAGACUCAGUCAUAGGAGUGAGGUUAUUCCUUCUCUUCUUGAAAUUAGCCUCAACAAAAGCCAUAUUUUAGCAAAUAGAUAUUUGCAUGAGUGAUACUUUUUGUAUAUUUCAAGCAUCUUACUCAUUAUUCCAAACAGGGUUGGGACUUCCAAAGUGUAUGCAGUUGAGGUCAGCAGUCCUUUGGGGUGACCAUCAGCCUCCUUUGGAGUCUGAGGGUAUCCCGAGUCUUCUCACCUCCAUAUCUGCGUGCAAUACCUGUUACCUUGGAAAGAUCCACUAGCAUCGUUUCCAAAGCCAUCUGGAUGUCUAGGAGAUUCAAGGAGGGGCCUUUGUGCUAGUUUUUUCUCUUAGUAUUACUGAAUUUUCAAAGCUAUUCAGAAUCCUCAUAUUUGUGUUAACAUUGAUAUGCACACAAAUACAUAUACACAAGCACUUACAAAUUCUUAACACACUCUCCUAAAGUCAUGAUAUUCACGCAAGUGUCCAAUCCACCCAUGCAGCCAUUGAGCAAAUCAAGGAGUGCACAGAACACUUAAAAAUUAAAGAUGAAGACACUUCCCUGUGUAUUCAGCUUACAGCUAAGGCUUGGUCCAUCCCCAGAAUUGAAAAUUACAGGAAACUGUCUUAGUCAUUUAGGUUAAAAUCGAGUGUUUGCAUGCUCAGUCGCAUCGGUCAUGUCUGACUGUUUGCGACCCUAUGCACUGUAGCCUUCUAGGCUCCUCUGUCCGUGGGAUUCUUCAGGCAAGAAUACAGGAGUGGGUUGCCAUGCCCUCCUUAAGAUAUAUUGGUAUUGGAGACAGAAGCAUGGGUGGUGGGGGGUGGUGUGGAGACAGCAAAGAUUCACACACGUCCACAUCCAAUAUCUGGAAAAUGAUUACAACCCUCCAUUUAUUUUAACCAUGUAGACACCUGAAUGUCACAAAGGCCAGCUUGGCAAACUAGCAAACAGUCUGUCUUUCCAACCUAAUAUCCUCCCCAUCGUUAUAUUUCUUGGCUCUCCAUCCUUACGAUAAAUGACAAAGGGACUUAAUGUCAGAGAUUUGGGGUGAUGUGAGGCAAUUCUGAAAUCUAGAGGUUUGGGAUGCUGGAUGGAGUGGAAAUUUUUGAUGAUCUCAUGUAGUAUCACUUUGCACUCUGUCUAUGACUUGCUCUUUCUGUAAUGGAUGGAAUAAAAUAAAUUGAUGGAAA